CGCUGACACCGUCCACUGGCAGGACAUCAUCAAGAACCCACGUUCUGAACUUCUGGUCGUGCCCUCAAACAACAGUGGCAACACAUGCAGAAGGUGUCAUCGCUCAUGUAACGGCCGCUGUUGGGGCCCUCAGGAGGAUCAGUGCCAAAGCUUGACAAAGACGGUGUGUGCAGAGCAGUGUGAUGGACGCUGUUUUGGUCCGUACGUCAGUAACUGCUGCCACCGUGAAUGUGCAGGAGGCUGUUUCGGACCCAAAGACACAGACUGCUUCGCUUGUACCAACUUUAAUGACAGCGGGGCCUGUGUGACACAAUGUCCUCAGCCAUUCGUCUACAAUCCAACAACCUUCCAGCUCGAGCACAAUCCCAAUGCCAAAUACACCUAUGGAGCUUUCUGUGUCAAGAAAUGCCCACAUAACUUUGUGGUGGAUCACAGCUCUUGUGUCAAAGCCUGUCCGAGCAACAAGAUGGAGGUGGAGGAAAAUCACAUCAAGAUGUGUAUCCCAUGCACUGACAUCUGUCCGAAAAUGUGUGAUGGUAUAGGUACCGGCAGUCUUCAAAUGGCUCAAACUGUAGAUUCCAGCAACAUUGAGAUGUUUGUCAAUUGCACCAAGAUCAACGGUAACCUCAUCUUCCUCAUCACAGGCAUUAAAGGAGACAUGUAUCAUGGUAUCGGUGCUCUGGAUCCUGAGCGACUGAAUGUGUUCUGGACCGUCAGAGAGAUCACAGGUUACUUAAACAUCCAGUCUUGGCCAGAGAACAUGACUGACCUUGGUGUCUUUUCCAACCUUGUCACCAUAGGAGGUAGAACACUUUAUAGUGGUAUUUCUCUGCUGAUCCUGAAGCAGCGCUGGAUCUCUUCGCUCAAGUUCCAGUCUCUGAAAGAGAUCAGCGCCGGUAACGUCUACAUGACCAACAACAGCCACCUCUGCUUCUACAACACAGUGAACUGGACCAGUCUGUUCCGCACCAGCACCCAGAGAGCUCUGAUCAAGAACAACAGGGACCCCAGAGAGUGUA